UGGAAUCUUGGGCUUCCUCGAUCAGCCGAAAUGAGGCCGGUUUUCGUGGGCAACUUCGAGUACGAAACGCGCCAAUCGGAGCUCGAGCGCCUCUUCUCCAAGUACGGCAGGGUGGAGCGCGUCGACAUGAAGUCCGGAAUCUCUACUAAAGGAAAAUGAGCUGAGACAUCUCUGCACAACAUUCCUUUUGGAAAGGAAUGCUUCAUGCUUGCCUGCUCUCCCGCCACAUUCAGAUGGCACCAUACUGCAUUCCUUGCACUUCCUCAUCCUUCACUCAUCCUCCUCACUGCUAUAAGUUGCCAUCUUACAAGAAUGGUCACGCCAGGCUCUAUCGAUUUUAUUGCCCUGUCUAUCGAUCACGACAGAUAUAGGGGGAUCAGUGCAUCCUGUCACGCCAACUUCCGUUUCUGAUUCGUCUCUGAAUGCUGAACUGAAGCUUGCUUUAGCAAUGACAUCUCAGAACUGAAACCUUGGAUUUAGACAUUUAAUAUGCCACCACCAUGACUUAGUUCAGCUUGCCACGCCUCUUCAAACUUUCUGUACAUCAGCCCUUCUCAUAUAUGCAGGUGUCGUACGUUUCUAGUUUCAGCUAGGGAAAAGGAAAAUGAUUUAGUUAUUCGCAUUUCUGUUCUCCAACUGUCCUGCUUUUAUAUCUCCCUCUUAACUUUUAAUUCAUGGCAGGGUUUGCUUUUGUCUAUUUCGAGGACGAGCGUGAUGCUGCAGAUGCCAUUCGUGGGGUGGAUAACAUGCCAUUUGGUUAUGACAGGCGCAGGUUGUCAGUGGAGUGGGCUAAGGGAGAAAGGGGACGGCAUCGAGAUGGUUCUAGGUCGGUGACUAACCAGAGGCCCACUAAGACUCUUUUUGUCAUCAACUUUGAUCCCAUUCGCACAGGAGUUCGUGACAUAGAAAGACACUUUGAAGCUUAUGGAAAGGUUCUUAAUGUUCGUAUACGUCGCAACUUUGCGUUUGUGCAGUUUGAGAGUCAAGAGGAGGCUACAAAAGCUUUGGAGUGCACUCACAUGAGCAAGAUAUUGGACAGAGUUGUCUCAGUUGAAUAUGCUUUGAAGGAUGAUGGUGAGAGGGAUGAAAGAUAUGGCAGCCCUAGAAGAGGAGGUCGGCGUGCGGAUAGUCCUUACAGGAGGUCACCUAGCCCACUGUACCAUCGGCGACCAAGUCCUGAUUAUGGUCGAGCUCGAAGCCCAGUGUAUGAUCGAUACAAUGGUCCAGCUGGUGCAGCUUAUGAUCGUCAGAGGAGUCCAGAAUACGGCAGGUACCGCAGCCGCUCUCCUGUUCGAAGAUCAAGAACUUGAAGGUCCUCAAGAAGCUGAGUAGAAUGUGGAGAUUAAACCAAAUAGAUAGCUGCAGACUUGUUACUUGUGUAGUUUUAGGGACUUUUUGUGGAGAAUAUUCUCCUCUCUCUCUCUGGACCUGCUUGUUGCACUUAAAUGAUCUCUGGAUGAUCAUUAAUGUUGAACCCUGUUGCUUUCUUGCAUUUGGUAACCCUGAGUUGGCUGCUGUUAAUUCGCCCUUCAUGUGGAAGAACCUUCUACUUUACUGAAGAUUGUCGAGAAAUUAUCUGCAUCUUGUGCCUUCUAUAUUGAUGGGAAUUGAUAUGUACAAUUGUGAAGCACAUUCUUGGUGUCCCAUUAAAUGUUCCAUUUUUGUUA